UUUGCUGUAACUAGAGUCAUAGCUCUUGAAUGCGAACACCAUUCAAAUGAGUGUUGGAUACUACUUUUUUAUGUUCUUUGUAUGAUUUACACGUGAAGCAGAACAAGAUACCGAUCCCUCUUCAGUGAAUGAAUCCAGAACAGCACGCAUUUUGGAAUACGCAGUACAGUAAAGACUAAUUUCACCUGUAAUGCACACGACACUACAGAGGACCAUGUUUUGAGGAAAUUCAAGCAAUUGGCGUUUUGGUGCACGGGAAUCUGGAAGGAUAACGAUUACAGAACCUAGGAGCCAAUAAAAGACUCAGGAUUCGUCGCGCUUAAUACGGCGGAGAAAUGUUCUGAUGGAGCACUUUAGACAGACAUAAAAAACAUUUUUUGCCUUCAAAAAGUUAGGUCUCAUCAUUGCAACAGAAUGGAUUUGUGUUUACUAAUAUAGUCGAAGACUCCGAGACAACUCAUAAUAUUUCUGUUAAACAAGUAAAUGAUCACCUGUAAACCACGGAAAGGAAACCAAUUUUGUAUGAUAUACUGCAAAGAAAACAUCGAUAAUCAACAGAACAUACUCCAGCACAAGCAACCGUGCUCCUGAAUAAGGAGCGCACACGCUACCGGUCUCCAAAUCGCAAUCUAACCGCUUCACUGUGAGCCAAGAGAGCUGGCAACUUAUUGAACUUUAUUUAUUGAGAAAAGCAAAAACAUUUGUAUCCGUUGAUAUUAGCAGACGGUAUUUGCUUAAAAGCCAUUCAGAAUAUAUUAUAUAGACAUAUCUGCCUAUUCGUAUACCAGCUUCUUUUCAGUUUGAAUUGCGCUUGAACAAGGACGCGCAUACAACAAGGGGAGUGUGCAAUAAACAAGACUUUUUAAAGAUUUGUUUUUAUUGUUGAUUGACCCUUGCCACUGGGGAGAUUGGAGCGAAAACUCUUCUUCAUGCGACGUUACUGCAGUUUUGGGUCACAAAUCUAGCGGGAUUUACACCACAUCCAUUGCUUUGAAUGAUCAAGUUGAUUGUUGAUUUUCUGCAAACCUACAACAAGAAUGGCAGGCAACGGGUGCUAUUGGAAGUAUUACCUCUGGAUUUUAACAGCCAUGUGCAGAUCUGCGUUACCAGCAGCGAAAUCUCUGGAAUCAGUGAUAUGGAGCUCUCAAAAUGCCAAGUUUCAGCCAGGGAAAGGACUUGUUAUAUACCCUGAGAUUGGAGACAAGCUGGAUAUUAUCUGUCCCAAGGAAGAUAUGGGGAGGCCGUAUGAGUUCUACAAGCUGUACCUGGUGAAGAAGGACCAGGCGGACACCUGCAGCACGGUCCUGGACCCCAACGUUCUGGUGAACUGCAACAAGCCAGAGAAGGACAUCAAGUUCACCAUCAAGUUUCAGGAGUUCAGUCCAAACUACAUGGGCCUGGAGUUCAAAAAGAACGUCAACUAUUAUAUUACAUCCACGUCCAACGGGACCCUGGAAGGGUUGGACAACAGGGAGGGGGGUGUCUGCAACACACGCUCCAUGAAGAUCAUCAUGAAAGUGGGCCAGGACCCGAACACCAUUGUUCCUGACCCGGUGAUCACGGAAAAGCCGGGCAAAGAGCAUGACAAUGUGGUAAAAGACCCCACCACCACCCCUGCCAAGAAGAAAGACCCAAACGGUGCAGGCGAGCAAGGCAAUAAAGACACCAUCAACCAGGACAACAAGUCCAACUCGGCCGAGGGCAUUUUCAGCUCCAAGCCCGCUCUGUUCGCCGCCAUCGGGGCGGGCUGCGUCAUCUUCCUCCUCAUCAUCAUCAUCCUCAUCAUCCUCCUCAUCAAGAUACGGAAGCGGGCCAGGAAGCACACCCAGCAGCGGACGGCGGCCCUGUCCCUCAGCACGUUGGCCAGCCCCAAGUGCUCCGGCAACGCGGGCUCGGAACCCAGCGACAUCAUCAUCCCUUUACGGACUACAGAGAACAACUACUGCCCCCACUAUGAGAAGGUGAGCGGGGACUAUGGACACCCCGUCUAUAUAGUGCAGGAGAUGCCUCCCCAGAGCCCCGCCAAUAUCUACUACAAAGUGUGAGGAGCUAUUUUUUUUUAGGACCUUUUCAUUUUAGAGAAUUGAGGUCUACCUUUUUACUACACGGACCUUCUGAUGUCAAUAGACACAUUUGAUGCUUUAAAUAGUGAACGCAAGAGAAGAGAGAGAAAAAAAUGGAAGGUAAAAGGUGGAUGGUCUACAUGGACACAGUAGUCAAGACUCUUUGAUGUUUCUCUGUAGGCCAAAGGCAGGACGCUCAGGCGUCGACACCUUACCCUCGUCCUUUUUCUCACUAAAAGUCUAUCCUCCAUGUUUUUGCUGUUCUCUGUGUGCAAAAGGAAAAUAGUAGGAAUGCUAAAGGGUUUAGGUGUUUUGAGAGCGGAGAAGCCCGCCCGCCCGCCAAGCUGGGUAUUUCCAAAAAGCAAGGAAUUCAUGGAAUUCAGAGCAUAAGUCAAGCCUUCAUAGAUUGCUCACAUAUCAGGGCACAGUGCGUAAUAGUGUGAUGCCAUUUUUUCUCUCAUGCCGUGUUUACCUUUAACGUCUUGGAUAGUGGAAGCCAGCAAGAUUCUCCCACACCACUUUCCCCUUCAACUUGUUUUCUUUUUUUAACCAUUAGUUAAACUACAUAGUAAGCAGCGUUUCAUUUUUUCCCCCAUUCUCUCCUCAUCUCCUCAAAUGUCAGGUCUUAAGUAGCUUCAGCUUGCAGCCUGCAGUUAGGAACAUGGCUCAUCAAUACUAGCUAGGUGUUCUGCUGUAAACUUGGGCUUGUCAGAACAAGUCCGGACAAGCUAAUGCAGUAUGUGUCAAGGGAAAGCACGAAUAAGCAUCCUGAGGGUGAAUUAAUGACAGGUGAACAGUUCGCACCAAGAGAUGCUAGACGCCGUUAAUUAAGAUGAGGCUGAUAAAAGGUUACGAUGGCUGACCUCCGAAAUAAUCUGAGAAUAACAAGAAAUAAAACCCCUCAAAAUUGCAGGUCGCCUCUUAUCUGAAAUCCCUCUGAAAUCCUAGGUCGUGCUGUUGAACUCUGGGCUCGGGGCUGGCACAGAGUUGUACGUGGUGAGGACAAAAAUAACAAGAUCAAAUUUGUAGGAGAAUAGGAAAACGUGAGGGGCAAUUAAGAUGCUAUCAGACAGGGCAGGAGUCACUCUGCUUUGCAAGUUUUCACCUCUCAAUAUCUGCACCGAAGAAUCGGGCCGCUCAGAGGCCGAUGAAACGUGCUUAUAUAGCAGUGCAUCAUUUUCCUCAUAUGGGGUGAUUGAUAUGGGUGCGAGUGAUUGGCAGAUAAUUAGGAUUACUCAACCCGCUUCAUGUUGGACAUUUUGCCUGGCUAUAUUGUAUUCACGCAAAGCCCGGUAUGUGUCUACUAAGUGUGCAGUUUGGAGGGGGUUACAGGAAAUAUGAAAUAUGAUAUGGAAAUGAAACUGCUUUGGGUGCAGUUCAGAUCGUCCUCCGAACUUUGGUAAUUAGAAAAACAAAGCUACAUCUCAAACGAAACUUUCUCACAGUUAUGUAAAUUUAUACAUCGUAAAUCCACAAAAGUUUUCCAGCAGGCAGCCAGUUUCAAGGCCUAAUACUGUUGGGCUCCAAUUGGGGGGUAAAGUGCUGUUCAUAAAAAAAUGAAAAUAUCACCUGCCCAUUUUUAUCUAAAAGAUUAACUGUUACUAUAAAAUUCUUUAUAAUAGAACCCUUAUUGUGUGCAUAAUAUGGGUCUUUUUUUACCUCAGGUUUGUUCAUAAUCACAUUUUUAAUCCUGCACAGGUACACCGAUGCUGAAUCAUUUAAAGCAUCGUCUUCUGUACACCUUUAAAGACUUUGCUCUAAUGACCUUUUUUUUUGUCAGCACCUGUUAUUUUCUGGUCUGUCAUUAGUAAAGCCAUCUGGCAACGAUGGGGGAGAAAAAUGACUGUUUUCUAUGUAGUGGUUCACUAAGCAACUGGGCAAAACACAGAGUUGAAACUGUCCUCAAAUGUUCCUCAAUGUCAAACAUUUCAUUUGCCAGCAUUGUGUUUCUUGUCUCCCACGUAUUGAGGCAGUCCAUGCUGUACAGGGUUUAGUUAUGCCUGUUGAUUUAAUUGCAGCACACAAGGCACUGAUUUAUUGCAGCAAACCCAAACAGUGCCCACAGCAGCCAGACGAGGACACGUUUUCGUUCGAAAGAGUGAGAGAGCGUUCUGAAGAUUUGCUUGGGUGAACUGCUAGACUUACUGUAUCUGUUCAGUAUUUAUGCUCUCGCAAGAGUUCAGCAGGGCUGCAUUUUCUAUUGGUACUGUGAACUAAUUGAGUCAGAAGUGCUACGUUUGUGUUUCAUCGAUGGGUAGUUUGUUGAUUGAAAUACAUUGUCUGAACAUACGGAAGAAUGUGUUGUCAUAAAAAUACAGAAACAAAUCUGUCCUUUAUACACAACAGAAUUGUUUGUGGACAGAAAGUUCCAUCAUUUUCAAAAUGGUAAUAUUUGUUAAAAUAUAAAAGGAAUAUAUAUUGUAUAUGUCAUAGUGUGUCAUAUUACAAAUAUUUAAAUUGUUGCUCCUUUCAUAUGUUAUUUAUAUAUUAUAGAGUAUAUUAUAAAAAAUAUAAUUGCAUAUUCUACAAUGUCCUUAAAAAUACAUUUAUGAAAGUGGCAAAAUUCUGUAAAUUUGUAUAUAUGACCUGUGUUUAGACGACAAUGUUUUCCUUAUAUUUUCAUAUUUUAACAAAUAUUACUUUUUUGGAAGGGACAUAACUGAAACUUGUUCAUACUACAUAGAGACCUACAAAUCCAUCAAGACUUACCAUUUCCCAAUGAGAAACAUGUUAAAUAUACUUUAAUAUGUCCAUUACAACACUCUACAUUGUAAAGGUGUUACAUUUUAUGUUCAUUUUCUUAUUUUAUUAUAAUUUUUUGUUUCCUUUUAUUUUAGUUGAAAUACCUGUAUUGUUCAUUUACAACUGGUAAACAUUGAAAUAAUGUAAAUAUGUGAAAAUGGUAAAUUUAAAAAUUACAUUUAUUAGAGCCCCAUUUAUGAAAAAUAUUAAAUUAGGUUUUUUAAUGCAGAAUUUUUUGUAAAUAGUUGUCUUUUGUAAGACAUUUUGUAUAAACUUUUGAAUUAUUUUUUGAUUGCUUUUUUUGUUAGUAAAAGAAAGAUAAACAAAUCUCUUAGAACGGGUGUAAAAGUGCCAGAUAUCGCAAUUGAAAAAAAAAAAUUGCAGGGUUCACUACUAAAGAGAGAUUUUUCAUGUUCGUUCAGUGUCAUAAAUCAUUUUGUUGGGGGACGUGUGGGGAACAAAUUUCAUUGACACAUUAAUUCCAUUUUCGAUGAUUCAGUUUAAAUGCUCUCGGUGACCCAGUGAGCUCACUAUCACUGAAACAUUAGUAGUGAACCUUUCACAGGUUAAGUGAACAACCAGUGGGGAGCACCUGUUGCCUUGCAAUCAUGAAGUGCCACCAUUUAUUCCAUCAGUUAUUUCUAAACACCUAAUUUUAUUUUGUGAGCUGUACUCCCAUCCUCUUUGCUUCUGUUGCAGUGUUUCAGUCUCUAUGUGGAUGUACAGGAUCUUGGAGUAAACUAAGUCUGUUUUUAAUCAUUGUCAUUAAAGGAUGGUAAUUCUAUAAUCCCUAGUAGCUAACUGAGAUUGAGCAGAGGACCGGCACAGUAUAAAAGCACUGCAGAACUGGCUGUAGCAAAGGUAAAAAAAAAUGAAGCUAUGCUGGUUUGUCUUGCUUUGCUUAGAUGACCUCUUGACCCCUACUGCUCACCACAGUAUUAGUACAGGCUCUCGCUAACGACCAACCCCAGCCCAAGACAUUCCUCUGCUGUCAACUGAAAGCUAGGUUCCUCUAGCCUGUGCAACUUAAGACGGCUCUUCACUCCAAGAAAACUUUAAAAAAUGUAAGGACUAAAGCAGCUUUAUGUCAUCUGAAAGGUUAUCAGUUCCUCUGCCUCACCAGCUAGUUAGCAUAGCUAAAAGGAGGCCAUCGGUAUGCAUCUGCUUGGGGGCUCACUCUCACCAAAACAAACAAUGUCCCUUCAGCACAACUGGUUGUUCACUUUCCCUGGCCACCAUUAUGCUCCAUCUGUUCUUUCAUUUCUGUUGAGUAAAAGACACAGUAUUAUUUUCAUUGUACAUGUAUGCAAACCCAGUGAAAUUGUGUUUCUUUGUAUCUGCUCCAUAAAUGUCUGUUCAUUUAUUUUAUUUUAUUUCUUGCCUUUCUCAAUGCAGCUUUUUUCCCAGUUCAGCAUAACCAGUUUCAAUGGAAUGACAAUUCCAUGAGCCAAGUUUGAAAACCUGAUAUUGCAUAUUGAUAAAUAAAAAUUUUUCCUAUGGAA